AAGAAACAGUCAAGAUGUCAAAAAAAUAUGAACACAAUAAACAGAAAUAGAAGUGUUUUAGAUCUAGCCUCUGUUUAUUAAACGUACAUCAAUGUAUCAUCUAUUCGUGCUUUGUUUGAAAAAAGAUUUUAAAGGUUUAAAUAGAACGAUGAAUAGGUAAUGGCAGCAUAUUCUGCUAGCAAGAGUUGUGUUGACCUUGCCAUUGACCCCCUGAUCACAUGCAAGCUGUGUCUGACAGAGUACACAAAACAAGACACUUACACACUCCAAGAUUGUGGCUGUAUCUACUGUGAAUCAUGUAUGAGACAGUAUUUGGUGGUAAUGAUAGCAGAAGGAAAUGUACUGUCUAUAACUUGUCCUGAUGCUCAAUGUAGAAAACAAGGAAAAAUUCUGUUCCCAGAGGUUAAGAAACUUGUUGAUGAUAAAAGCUUUACUAGAUACCGGAAAAUAAGAUACCAGAAAGAGGUUGAUCUUGACCCUCACAGAACAUUUUGUCCAGAAGCAGGUUGUGAGACAGUAUGUCAUGUAUGUAGUACAUCUACCAGUGAUGCUAUAACAAGACCUACACCAGUAGAUUGCCCUACUUGUGGUCUACAGUUUUGUUCAGUGUGUAAAUCAAGGUGGCAUCAUGCAAAGUCCUGUGAUGAAGUUAUUAUGUCUGGAAGAUUAGAGGAUCAGGGAAUUCCAUUUAAUUGUGUAGAGAAUUCUGAAAUCAAGCGUUGUCCGGUUUGCCAUGUACCUAUAGAAAGAAACGAUGGCUGUGCUCAGAUGAUGUGUAAACGUUGUAAACAUGUGUUCUGUUGGUACUGUCUCACUUCACUCGAUGAUGAUUUUUUAUUAAGACACUAUGACAAGGGACCAUGUAAGAACAAGCUGGGACAUUCUCGAGCAUCUGUGAUAUGGCACAGGACACAAGUUAUAGGCAUCUUUGCUGGUUUUGGAGUUCUUUUACUUGUUGCCUCACCAUUCCUGUUGCUUGCGGCACCCUGCAUACUAUGCUGUAAAUGUAAAGUAUGUAAGUGCUGUGAAGAUGAUGACGGGGAACCAGUAUCCACCUAACACCAUCAAGUGACUUAACCAAACAUAUAACUUGAUAGAACCAGUCAGAUCCAAGAAAGUCAUGUGAUUUUGAUUAGUGAAGAAGUGACAUACACCAUUGCCUCUCACUUUCAUUAUAAGCCAGUUCGCAUCUACCAGCUCAUUCUGUGAAAUGUACUGCACAUGCUUUUUGUCUUGUGUAUUGUUUUAGUAUUGUGUUUGAAUUCAGGUUAUUAUUUUCUAUGUUCUUAUUUAUUGUAAAUGAUGACAUGUGUUUAAACUAUGCCAAAUAUUGUUAUUGGUAUUGUACUUAUAGUGAUAUAUUUUGUUUACAUAUUGUUAUUUUGCUUACAUGUGUUUUGAGUUAUCUGUGAUCAAAUUUAAGUUCUAAGGCAUUUGUUGCUUGUAAUCUUUAUUAACUGUAAUUGUAACUGUUAGAUAUCAUUCUUGAGUAAUUAUUGACUGUACAAUAUUACCUAAAAAGGGUGAGAUUUGGUUAAUUGUCAUUUAUUUAAAGGCACUUAAUGACUUUAAUUUGUGUAUUAUAAACACAGUUAAAGGAAUAUGCUACAAAUACAUACAGACAUAUAGACAGAAUGAAAACUGUAUAAUUUAACUUUGCACAAUCUAAGAAUUUGAUAACAGAAACAUUUUUUUAAAUGAAGAUCACCUAGAUUGCUUUUGAGUUAUCCGCCCUUUAACUUGGAUUUCUUUUAUUUCAAGGGCAGAUAAUUUACACUUAAGGUUGACACAUUUAUAAUUUGUGAAUGGCAUUUAUGUAUGGCAGUAAUUUUGCUUUUAUUACCAGGCAUGUGUGUCUUAAAUCAGAAAUAGAUGAAAUGUUGGGAUGUUUUGCUGAAGUUAUUAUCAGUUCUGGUCAGUCAGAAUCUAGUCCAAACAUUCCAAAUUUAAUUUAUGACAUGUGAAACAACUAUAGAGGGUGAAUAUCAUUUAUAUAUAUUUAAACUUAACAUUAAUAUUGAUACAAAUCAGCAGAUAUUUAUAUAUCAGGUAUGAUAGGUCUGUGUGAUAAAUUAUCAUAUUUGCUGGACUGUUAGAGUGGGGUUAUCCUACUUAUUGAGGUGUCUACAUCAGUGUUGUUGUAACAUUUUGGUUUAAGCUUUGCAUGCAGCUUUUCUUACCUGAUCAAUCACAAAGAUACAUGCAUUUGUUUGUAACUUCACAUGUGUCUUUGAGGUCAUAAUUGGAGGUCACUAUCAGAGGUCCAUAACUUGCAUGGAUUUUGACAGAUUUGUGACUUGAUUUGUAAAAUAAAUUCCUGAUUAGAGUUUUGCUUGCAAUAUCAAUUUUCAAAACUACUGAUGGUUAUUAUUAGGAUUGAAUAAAAUUUAACCCUUUGUGAAGUUACAAAAUACUUGGUCACUAUCCAACUUUGUCAUGUAUUUUGAAUGAAAUCUUCCUCUUUGUUAAUACAUUAUCCAGGCUCUCUUGUUUUAAUAUCUAACACUGAGAAAGUCUAGCUCUCUGUCCUACUGACAAAGUUUAUAUGUUAUAUUACUUAAAGUAUUGAUAUUGUUUUAGUGACAUUUUUACACCAAAUUCUUUAUAUAACCAUCAUUAGCUAACCUCGGCACAAAAUGCACAGAAGUGGACUUUUUUAUGACCCCAUGAUGUCUGUACAUUAUCAUUAAUUCUAACAUGACCCGCAUAUUUCCCAUUUGAGCAUAGAACGACCCAAAGUGUGUGUUAUUUCGCAUAAAAUCACUGUUGCUUUUCUAUAUUUAGACAUAUGACGUAACCAUUAAAAAUGCCAUGUGCUGAAAAUAAGUACAGCAACAAAUCAGGUGCAAUUUACCUUAAUACCAAUUACGUCAGGAUUGAUUAGUUUAUAUCGUGUUGGAAUCAAAAUAAUAUCCCAAUCAGUGAUUUUAUCGCUUGAUAAAAUCACUGGUCGUGAUAAAUUAUUUCUUAAAGAACAACGUCUCCUAAACUGUAAUGUAGUUUUUUACCAACUUAUUUGGAAUAUUGCAUUGCCUUGUUGUCCUUGACAAAAUUUUUAUCAAUUAUGACAUUAAGAGAAAAUUGGACCUGCUCAGGGCUAAUUCAUUUUACUUAGGCUUCCAUGAAAAA